GUGAAGUCGCUGGCGAAUAGGGAAAUGUCGUGUGGUUUUAGUCAUCCAUUGUCAUCUUGUUCGUGUGGGUCACAUAAUCACAGUGUUUCUUCUCCUGGUAUUGUAUCUGGGUCAGUGAGUGGAACACCACAUUGCAAUUGCGGGGAGAUUGCAGUGUUAAGAGUUGCAAGAACAGCGAAGAAUUGUGGGAAACAAUUUUGGGGGUGCCCUCACUACAAGCGGAGUGUUGGUGAAGAUUUCAAAGCCUGCAACUACUUCAAAUGGUGGACGGAAGAUAAUGGGGAUGAAAGAGAUGCAACCAUUGCUAGACAGAGUCAAAGAAUACGUCAACGGGAGAAAGAUUUGAUUGAUUCCGAGAAGUGGUUGAUGUACUUGUUUAGGAUAAUAGGGUUGUUGGGUUUAAUUGUGAUCGUUCUUUCUAUUUGUAUUGUUAAAAGUUAGGAUGGUUUAACUUUU